AUGCCUGAGCCAACUACCGUCACCAUCGCCACCGACGACGCCACAACCACAGCAGUCCCAACUACCGACAUUGCUGUCACUGCUACGCUUAAGCCUGGACAGCUCCCGGCCGAUGCAUGCCCUGAGCCCACCAUGACCAUGGAGGACUUCAUGGCAAAGGCAAAGUCGGACGGCAUGCCCUUGAACAUGCCCGAGGCUACCCUCCAGGCAAGGAAAACUCUCCCUCGCACAUUGAUCUACAAGGACGCUCAGACCCGCCUCCCCUUCCAAACCCGAUUUUUCCAUGUCGCAAGCGACUACUACUCAUGGCCCUACUCCGAUCGUGCCCGCGUUAUGGGAUGCCCCUCGACCUUCCACCUCUGCAAGACCCUCACCUUCGAAAACACCAAGUUCAAGCAGGACGAGUCCAAACCCAUCGAUGAGGAUCGGUACUGGACUGUUAUCGUCCAGUACGAGGGUUCGGUCAAUAUUACGAAGCUGGAGAAGGCUGUGAGGGAGAAGACGAAGGCCACUCGUAAGGCGACUCAUAUGAGAAUCGCCCCUGCGGAAAAGUCGUUCGAGUUGACGGGCUUCAAGGAGGGCGGCGUUUGUCCUGUUGGAAUGAGGACUGAUCUUCCUAUCCUCGUCUCCAAGGAACUCGCUGAUCUCUCGCCAAAGAUUUUCUACCUUGGAGCAGGCCAUCUCGACUGGAAAAUCGCCGUGCCUUUCGAUGGCUUUGUCGAGAACUGGAACACCCGCGUCGUCGACUUUUCGUAA